AUGGACUCUGGCAUGAACCAGGUAUUGGACUCUCCAGAGCUCCUGGAGAUGAUCCUGGUGCAGGUGGACAUGCGCUCCCUCCUCACAUCCGCCCAACGCGUCUGUCUCCACUGGGCCAGCUUGAUCAACACUUCACCCUCAAUACAGAAAGCUUUAUUCUUCACUCCGAUAAAAGACUCCGAAUGGGGAACAGAUGAGAAGACGCCGAACCCGCUACUGGCAGAGACUUUCCCUUCCAUUUUCCCCGCCAAUGGUAGGUCAGAUCGGUUCCAGUUCGACUUCUCCGACAUGGCCAUCACCAAAGAUGCUUCAACCAUGGCUCGAUUUGUACGAAACGAGGCAAGCUGGCGCAGGAUGCUGGUUCAACAGCCCCCAAUUCGGAGUAUAGGACAUUUUCAUAUCACCCACGCAAUGGCUGGCGAUUUUCCUGAAACCUCCAGUGUCCCGCCAGAUCCGAAGAUGCGGGACUCAGGAUAUGACGGUAUUCGCAUGGAACGGCUAUUUGAGCUGUUGCUAUUCAGUAAACGAGUCGAAUUUUUAUUUAACACCAGAUCACGGGUGUACUGGACCUGUGAGCAGCCUAUUUCAUUUAAGGAGAGCUCAGCGAGGAACAACGAAUUGUUCUAUCAGAUGUUGAGCACAUUUGACCUGGUGCUUUAUACACACAGGGUGAUGCAGUGUGUUCAGAGAGACGAACCUCCCACCGCCGAGGAGCUUACAAGGCGCGAGGUCAUCGCAGCGUGGCGAGAACGUGGCUUGGAUGUUCGGGCUAAGAGAAAGGAAAUUGAAAUGGCAGAGACUAAAGAAACAUUGUUGAACUAG